AUGGUGGGAGUCGACUCCCGGGUUGAUCGGAUCCUCGUCGGUUUCCCGGAGGGUCGAGUCAUCUGGGUCGGUCCCCGAGAUGGCUGCUCUGGUUUUUCCGGCUUCCUGCCCUGCCGGCUUCAUCCCGGCUCCCUGCACUGCCGGGUUCGCCCCGGCUUCCUGCCCUACCGGCUUCAUUCCGGCUCCCUGCACUGCCGGGUUCGCCCCGGCUUCCUGCCCUGUCGGCUUCAUUCCAGCGCCCGCCCUGCCGGCUUCACCUUGGUGCUGAAAGGAUAUGACUGUCCAUCAGCGCUAGCUCCUCUUGAGGUCAUCAUUGGUGACAAAAAUCAACCGUUUGCUCAGAGAUCAGAAUUAGGAUGGAGUAUCAUAGGCUCAUCAAACCCCCACUUAGACAGACAAGGAAGUCAGAGCUUUGUGCAUCGGCUCACAGUAAAAGAACUGCCAAUUCCAUCGGCGACAGAUGUUCUUAAAGUCCUAGAAUCAGACUUCACCGAGAGAACUUAUGAAGAUAAGUAUGUGUCCCAAAAUGAUGUUCAAUUCAUACAGUUCCUCAGUGACAACAUCACUCAGAAGAAAGACGGACAUUAUGAGAUGCCCCUCCCAUUCAAGGGCAACAGUCCACCAUACCUACCAAACAACAAGAGGCUAGCCACAGUGCGCCUGCAGUGCCUUAAGAAGAAAUUAAAGACCAAUGAACAAUACUAUAAUCAAUACAAAACAUUCAUGGAAGAAACAAUUAACAAGGGUGAAGCAGAGCCUGCCCCUACAACAUCUGAGGGAGAGACGGAGUGGUAUCUUCCACAUCACGGCAUCUAUCAUCCCAGGAAACCAGGCAAGCUGAGAGUCGUAUUCGACUGUUCAGCCAAAUUCCAUGGUGUUUCUUUAAACGACACUCUACUGACUGGGCCUGACCUUAUCAAUCCUCUGCUAGGAGUUCUUUGCCGCUUCAGGAAGGAGGCCGUAGCGAUCAUCUGUGAUAUUGAAAGAAUGUUUUAUCAGUUCUCUGUCACUCCAGAAUCCCGGAAUUAUCUGAGAUUCCUCUGGUGGAAAGGUGGAGAUUUGGAGAAGGAACCACAGGAAUACAGGAUGACGGUUCAUCUCUUCGGAGCCGCCUCGUCGCCAGGAUGUGCGAAUUUCGGCUUGAAGCAUCUGGCGCGGCAACACAAAGCUACCUACCCUCUGGCGUCAACAUUUGUCGAGAAAAACUUUUAUGUUGAUGACGGGCUAGUCAGCGUCCCAUCAGUCGAGGAGGCCAAGAAACUGAUCACUGAGGCGCAGGAGUUGUGCAAAAGAGGAGGCCUACACCUUCACAAAUUCAAUUCAAACGAGGAAGCAGCCCUCACCUGCUUAGAUCCCUCAGAAAGAGCAGCAACCAUCGAACCUCUAGGACUAGAUUCAACCCUAUCGGAGCGUGCACUCGGCAUUCAAUGGUCGAUUGAAACCGACACUUUCAGCUUUAACAGCAGCUUGAAAGAUCAGCCAUCAACCCGGCGUGGUUGCCUUUCUGUCAUUGCCUCGCUUUAUGACCCACUUGGAUUCGUCGCUCCAUUCAGCCUAACUGGAAAGUGCAUACUGCAAGAGCUGUGUCACAGAGGCAUCGGAUGGGAUGAUCCACUACCAGAAGAUAUGAGGUCAAGGUGGGAGGAGUGGAUAAAUGGUCUUCACAAGUUGAAAGAGGUUUCAAUCCCAAGAUGUUACCACCCAUAUGACUUCCAUAACAUUGUUAGAGUAGAGCUGCACCAUUUUUCAGAUGCCAGCUGCGUGGGAUAUGGUGCAUGUUCUUACCUCAGAUACCAAAAUGACAGGGACCAAGUCCAUUGCAGUCUCGUGUUGGCGAAAGCAAGGGUUGCACCCUCAAAAGUCACAAGUAUCCCGAGAUUAGAACUUGCGGCAGCGGUGGUUUCUACAAAAAUCAGUGUCAUGUUAAAGGGUGAGCUUGACAUAAAAAUUGAUGAAGAGGUUUUCUGGACAGAUUCACAAGUCGUGCUUGGGUACAUUAACAAUGAUGCCCGUAGGUUCCACAUAUUUGUUGCAAACCGUGUUCAACUGAUAAGGGAUAACAGUGAUCCCAGUCAGUGGCACUAUGUGGACACUGCAGAAAACCCGGCCGAUCAUGCUUCCCGAGGUCUUCGUGCUUCAGACAUUAAUUCAACAAACUGGUUGCGAGGACCGAAGUUUCUCUGGGAACGUGAGUUACAUCUAACACCCAGCACUCCAUCAGAAUUACUCAUUGGUGAUCCUGAAGUCAAAACAAUUCAGGUGCUUGCAACAGAAGCCGAAGACUACAAUGACAUCCUCAGGCGUUUGAGUAAGUUUUCCUCCUGGACAACAAUUCUUAAAGUGGUUUCAAGAAUCAAGAGGCUGGGCUCCAAAUCGAAACAACACUGUGAGUAUGUGACUGUUAAGGAGCGUGAGAAGGCUGCAGAUGAAGUGAUUAAGAUCGUACAGCAGCAAGCUUUCCCUAAGGAGAUAAAGAUGCUUCAGGGUAAAAAGGAACUUCCAAACUCAAGCUCUCUCUUCCGUCUCGACCCCAUCUGGUCUGAAGGACUCCUCCGUGUCGGUGGGAGAUUGAAACAGUCAUCGCUCUGUCACAAAGUGAAGCACCCAGUCAUCUUACCAAAUAACAGCCACAUCACCAAGUUGAUUGUGUCCCAUUUCCAUGCUAAAACAUGCCAUCAGGGUCGAAGCCAGACUUUAAUGGAGCUUCGGGCCAAUGGAUUCUGGGUAAUUGGUGGGAGCAAGUUGGUGGCUAAGCUGAUACACACUUGUGUGGUUUGCAGGAAACUGAGACGACCGACAGAGAGACAGCAAAUGGCCGAACUUCCCAAAGAACGCGCCGAAGCCUCGGCACCUUUCACAUACAGCGGCAUGGACUGUUUCGGUCCAUUCAUUGUAACGAAAGCUCGCAAGCAAUACAAAAGAUACGGCCUGAUUUUUACAUGUCUGUACUCUAGAGCAGUUCAUAUAGAAAUGCUUGAGGAUUUGUCAACAGACUCAUUCAUCAACUCCUUGAGAUGCUUCAUCAGUCUGAGAGGAGCUGUUCAACAACUACACUGUGAUCAAGGCUCUAAUUUUGUUGGCGCCAGAAACGAGCUCAAAGAAGCACUUAAAAAAUGUGACACCAAGCUACUGGAAAUCUUCUUGACUGAGAAGCAGUGCGAAUUUGUUUUCAAUGCUCCCUCUGACAGUCACGCAGGAGGCGUCUGGGAACGUCAGAUCAGAACCGUUAGAAAUGUGCUGAAUGCCACCUUUGCACAGUGCUCAGGUCGACUUGAUGACGCCUCCCUCAGAACACUGCUAUACGAGGCCAUGGCUAUUGUUAACAGUCGCCCGUUAACAGUGGAUGGAAUCAACGAUCCGCAGGCACUGGAACCUAUAACACCGAAUCACCUCAUUAUGAUGAAAUCUAAAGUGGCUCUUCCUCCCCCUGGAGUAUUUGUCAAGGAGGACCUGUAUGCGACAAAGAGGUGGAGAAGAGUUCAGUAUCUUAUUGAACAGUUUUGGUGCCGCUGGAAACGGGAAUAUCUGUUGAACAUAUCCUUGAGACAGAAAUGGCACUCACCUCAACGCAACCUCAAGGUGAAUGAUAUUGUCAUUAUAAAAGAUGAUAACCUCCCAAGAAACCAUUGGCAACUUGGACGAGUGAUUGAAACUGUUCAAAGUAGUGAUGGCUUAGUUCGUCGAGUUAAAGUGCAAGUUGGGGAGAGAAAACCUCAUAAAAAACAAGAUCCUCCUUCCAAGCCCUCAGUUAUUGAGAGACCAAUCAAAAAAUUGGUGCUCCUCCUUGAGAACUGAUUACAAGAAAGCAGUUGACAACACUACACACACUGCUUUAUUAUGCAUGAUAUUACACACACAUAUACGUUACACUUCUGAUAGCUUAGCUUCAAGCUAUUUAUUUCUUAGAGUCAAGAAAUCCUGUACAAUUCAUUUACUAUUUGUGUAUUUGUUCAUUCAUUGUACUAGGAUUUGGUGGGAGUGUAAAUGUCUUAUAAAUUGCAUUAAUAUUCUCCUACACAGUGUUAUAUUUAUGUGUUAACAAGACAUUGUAGUUCUACAGUGCCACCUUGUGGUCUGUUCUGCUUUUAUUUUGAAAAGCGCGUCUUCUUCUUCUUCUAAUGUUUUACGGUUCUAAACUUCCUGUUACACUCUUCGCAAUGUGGUGCUGAUGCAUCGUCGGAAGAAUGAGCCUUGAACUUUGAGGGUGUGUGCGUGUCGAGCUAGAGAGCAUGCUAGCUGAUGGCAGAACUCUUUAAUUAGUGCCCUUGGAGAGCGGAAUGAGUUUUCACGGUGUUCAUGGUGCUUAUGGUGCAUGGUGUUCGUUGAGAGGAAAUAAACCGAGACCCGUUUGAAACUC